CGUCACUUCUCCUGCUGCUGGCGAUAGCUAAAGCUACGUCGGUGUCAUCGUCUUAUCGGUUUGGGGUUUGACAACAGAAACAACAGCCUUAUUUCGUGUCCAGCCACGAAUACCCAUUUUCACUGGGGUCUCUGGAGAGAUGAACAACAACGGGAAUAAGAGAGCUCCAACAACAGCCACUCAGCGACUUAAGCAGGAUUACCUCAGGAUAAAGAAAGACCCCGUGCCUUACAUCUGUGCAGAACCUCUCCCCUCCAACAUCCUAGAAUGGCACUAUGUAGUCAGAGGUCCCGAGAAAACCCCGUAUGAAGGAGGAUAUUAUCAUGGAAAACUCAUAUUUCCACGGGAGUUUCCUUUUAAACCACCAAGUAUCUAUAUGAUAACACCAAAUGGGAGAUUUAAGUGUAAUACAAGGUUAUGUUUGUCCAUCACAGAUUUCCAUCCAGACACGUGGAACCCUGCGUGGUCCGUCUCCACGAUCCUCACAGGCCUGCUCAGCUUCAUGGUCGAGAAAGGCCCCACCCUCGGCAGCAUCGAGACCUCUGACUACACGAAAAGACAGCUGUCAGCCCAAAGCCUGGCCUUCAACCUCAAGGACAAAGUGUUCUGCGAGUUAUUUCCUGAUGUAGUCGAUGAGAUGAAGCAGAAACAGAAGGCCCAGGAGGAGUUAAGCGCCCGCACUCAGCCCCUACCCUUACCUGACGUGGUGCCCGACGGUGACCCUCAGCACGCCCAUUAUGGCCUCCCCGCCCUCAACGGAGGCCCCGUCCCACUCGGGGGCGCCAACCCCGCCCCUGGGCUUCAGCAGGCCAAUCGCAACCAUGGACUUCUAGGUGGGGCUCUAGCCAACCUGUUUGUGAUUGUAGGCUUUGCGGCAUUUGCCUACACAGUCAAGUACGUGCUGAGGAGCAUAGCUCAGGAGUGAAAGGAGCCCGCGUUGUAGGGCGACGCUCCCCCCUGCAGGUGAGCCAGCUAGUGGACUCCACAUUCUACAAACACACUACGUGGGGGAAGGGAUGUUCAUUCCUGGGUUAAACCCCUCCACGACCACCACCACCACAACCACCACCACCAUGGACUUUGGAAGACGGAAGCUCAAAGCCGACCCACCCAGGAAGGACUGAGAGGAGGAAGGGGAAGGAGGUGGGGGAGUGGAUGGGAGUGGCAGUAGGGCCAGGGGUUUGGAGGGGCUUAUUAAAAUGGUUGUGAUCCACUCUGUGUACUGUCAGCAGUAGGAACAAACUUGGCUCAUGGGUUGCCGAAGAGUGUAGAACCGAGGACGCGCAGACAGGUUGUAGUUCGUUGCACCGUCCUGAGGGCUGGUCACAACAGGAGAGGUGGAAUGAAAUGCACCACUGUUCUCCUGCUCUAUCGUGAACAUUACUCAGAAAAACUACAAAAAGUCUGUCCCGUCGCAGUCUUUCCUGGUCAUUCAUCAGAUCACACAGCCUUCUCAGGGCAUGACUUGUUGCUGUUGCAGUGCUCAUUGUGUUCAGAGUCAAGUCUUUGACACUGGAGUUGGAUUUAUACAUCCCCAUGUAGCUCCAUAUAGCUUCAGGGCAUUGGGUUUCAUUAAGCCGCAGAGGAGGUCGAAAGAGGUUUCUCAACCUACAGUUUCACAUCAUCACCGGAGGCAUUUAGUUAUUGUGCAGUGGGAACACAGGAGUAAAUCUGGGUAAAGGGAAAAAAUGUAAGAGGAAGUUGUUUUUGUUUCGUAGGAAUGUGUUGUUCUCCAGAUUUAAAAACGAAAAAAAAAAAAACAUGGACUAUCCACAUGCCUGAAAGAACACCUCACCAAUUUGUAACAUUAUCCUGAGACAUGUCUGUGUGUGUUUUUAUCACAAAUCCAAAAACACAGCAAAGGCCUGAUGGUCUGUGUUUACUAACAGGGAGGGGAACAUGAAGACCGUGAAAGACCAUUGUCAACCAGUGACAAAUAUCAAGUAAGGGCAAGCAAAAAUACACGUGCACAAAUCACAGUACACAGCAAUGUUAUAGAAACACAUGGUACUUUUGCAUGUCAUCAGCAGAUCAUGUUUCUGAUGACUUUCAAACAGGCAGUAAACAAAGUAGUCCUGCUACAGCUGGGUGUAUCUACAGCAGCAUAAAAACACAAACCUGGCCUGUCAAGUCUGUGGGAGAACCACAUACAGGGUCAAAGUCUGAUGCGAGUCCAGUCCAGUCUCUCCCGUCAACCCAUGAGCCAAGCAGUGAACCCAGUGUCUGCACAGAAAGUAAACAGAGACCAGUACCAGUAGUUUCUUCUUCUUUUUUUUUUCUUUAAUUGGCUUAGCUGACCCGUUUAGCACCACUCUAUAUAGGUCCAAAUAAGAAGACACAUGAAGAGAACCAGUGUUUUGUUUCUGUAUAUUAUUUUCUUUCUUUUUUUUUCUUCAAUGUUUUUGUUCUCUUUAUUUAUAGAGACAACCUCGGCUUGUCUGUCUCGGUUCUGAGGAACCUUUUAGUGUUUGCUAAGCAGGGCGUCGUGGACAAACACACAGGCAGGCCGUGGACCAAGCUCACACAUUUGCUGAUAAUUUACUGUUGUGCAUUGCAUUUAGUAAAGAUGGUUCUACUGUGUAUCUAAUGUUUCAGCAGAAAAAUGAUCUGAUCAUGAUCUGAAAGCGGAAAAACUCGCCUUCUAUUGCUCUUCUUCUUUUCUUGGCACCAUCUUUAAAAAAAGAAAACGAAAAAAAAAGACAAACUGAUGAUGAUGGGAGUGCGUUUGUGUGAUUCUAC